AGGCCCUUCCUCGUAAGAUGAAGUCCAUCUUCUUCAGCCUUUCUCUGCUCCUCCUUCUGGAGAAGCAAGCAGCCGGGAUAGGAAUCUAUGGUGGGACAAAAGGACACUUUCUAGUAAAAACAUCCCCACUCGUAUUUAUCGAUAAAGGCCAGUUCCUUUAUGGACACAGAGAAGUACAGGAAGAGGCCCCUGAAGAAAGCAUCCUUGUGCAAACUAAGCACCAUGUAUAUAGCCAGGAUGUUGACGCUGACACGGCAGAGGCUCACGGAUCACAAAAGCAGACAGGUUUGAAGGAAGACAUAGUUUGUGAUGAAGAAGAUGAGCUUGCCCAACAAAAGUCCCAGCUGAAAUCCCAGUCACAAAUAAAAUCCCAAACCCAAGUAAAAUCCCAUGAAGCCCAAGUGAAGUCCCAAACAGGGCAGCUAAAGACCGCGGGGCAGGUGAAAUCACAAACCAAGCUGAAAUCCCACGGAGCUUCUCUGAAGUUCUACAAAGCACCACUACAUCUCCGGAAAGACGUUUCUCAGCAGCAAAUCAAGGGCAAAGGAUAUGACCUACAUCAAGACCUGCCCCAAGUGCGCCAACAACAUGCAAACGUUCACAGACUCAAAAGAAAGCUUGGCCAGUCCAGUAAAAUGGUAGCAUUCUUACCCAUUAGACACCGCUUCCAACCCUAUCAUGGGUACUUUAUGCAAUUCCAAGAGCAUCUACAUGGCAGUGUUCAUCACACAAAAUCUUUCCACCAUGGUCCGGGAAUGUGCUACUGUCCAAAUGGAGGCUUAAUGCUAUACCAAGGCACCUUCACUGAGUAACACAUUCGUUAAUCUCUCAAGAAUUAAAACACGUGUAGAGGAGUCACCUGACCUGUGUGGACUGUGCGGUUCUUAAGAUGCUGACUGCCCUGUGGUCCUCAACACCUUGCACGGAUGCCAUGACCCACUCACACAUUCCUUCCAGAGACUUUCUAAAGUUGGAGCAACCUCACGCAGGUGCUCUCCAGUAAACAGAGCCUUCCUCACAUCAUUUGCUUUUUUAAAAAAUGUUUUUCAUUUGAAACAGAAUCAUAUCCCUUUCCCUGUUUUUCUUCUCUUCAACCCCUCCUCAGCAUCCUUUUCUGUCUUCUCUCACAGUUCCCAGCUCUGAAGUUCGUAACAUCUCUGUUUUUGAGUGUCGUUUUUAAAUACCUAUAUAUGUAUGUAUAUUCAUAAAUAUAUAAGUACAACUUGCUG